UCCCCCCCUCCUCCCCAGCCCUCCCUUCCCACGCCCCAGUGCGCUGUGGGAUAGUGGUACUAUAAAGUAUAUCCUCUCUCGGAGAAAGAUAAGAAGCCCGAGACAGGAGGGGGAUGAAGAUGGCGGACGCCAAGCAGAAGAGGAAUGAGCAGUUAAAGCGAUGGCUGGGCUCGGAAACGGACCUGGAGCCUCCUGUUCUGAAAAAGAAGAAGACGAAGGUGAAGUUCGAUGAUGGCGCCGUGUUUCUGGCCGCCUGCUCAAGCGGCGAUACCGAGGAGGUGCUCCGAAUGCUUGACCGGGGCGCUGACAUCAACUACGCCAAUGUAGACGGUCUCACUGCCCUCCACCAGGCAUGCAUAGAUGACAAUGUUGACAUGGUGACUUUCCUGGUGGAGCAUGGAGCCAGCAUCAACCAGCCCGACAACGAGGGCUGGAUCCCCCUCCACGCUGCAGCCUCCUGCGGUUACCUAGACAUAGCAGAGUAUCUCAUUAGCCAGGGUGCCAAUGUAGGAGUUGUGAAUAGUGAGGGUGAGACACCCCUGGACAUUGCUGAAGAAGAGGCAAUGGAGGAGCUCCUGCAGAAUGAGAUCAACCGACAAGGGGUGGACAUCGAGGCAGCCCGGAAAGAGGAGGAGCGGAUCAUGCUGAGGGACGCCCGGCAGUGGCUCAACAGCGGCCAGAUUCAGGACAUCCGGCAUGCCAAGUCCGGAGGAACGGCACUCCAUGUAGCCGCAGCGAAGGGAUACGUCGAGGUUUUAAAGCUUUUAAUCCAGGCAGGAUAUGAUGUAAAUAUUAAGGACUAUGAUGGCUGGACUCCUCUACAUGCAGCUGCACACUGGGGCAAAGAGGAGGCGUGUAGAAUAUUGGUGGAGAAUCUAUGUGACAUGGACCUCAUUAAUAAAAUGGGCCAGACGGCUUUUGAUGUAGCAGACGAAGAUGUUCUGGGAUACUUAGAAGAACUACAAAAGAAACAAAAUCUGCUGAUGAGUGAGAAGAAAGAUGUUAAGAAAUCUCCUUUGAUUGAAACGACAACCACCGGGGAUAACAACCAAUCACUGAAACCACUCAAGAGCAAAGAAACACUGCUUCUGGAGCCAGAAAAGAGCGCCCCACGCAUCGACACCUUAGAACCGGAGAAGGUGGAUGACGAAGAGGAGGUGAAGAAGGACGAAUCAAGCUGCUCCAGUGAGGAAGAGGAGGAAGAAGAUUCAGAGUCAGAGACUGAAGCAGACAAGAGCAAGCCUGCAGCAUCGGUGAGCAACAGCACAACACCCACCCCAACCAGUAUCACCGUGUCAUCUCCAACCACCCCAACCAACCAGGUGACAACCCCCACUUCACCGGUAAAGAAGUUUGAAUAUAUUACUCCCCUCAUGCCUGUGGCGGAGCCAGGCUGUCCUGCAUUGUGGCGUCAAGGCUUGCGCAAAACUGGCAUUUCUCUAGUGCCCAAAAAACCUAUGGUCACUCAGCCUGCUGGAAAGGUCUCGACUAAAGUGGAGGAGGAGAGGAAGGAUGAGUCUCCGGCGUCGUGGCGUCUGGGUUUGAGGAAGACAGGCAGCUACGGGGCGCUAGCAGAGAUCACGGCCACCAAGGAGGCUCAGAGAGAGAAGGACACGACUGGGGUGAUGCGCUCAGCCUCAAGUCCUCGUCUCUCCUCUUCCCUGGACAACAAAGACAAAGAGAAGGAAAAAGACAAAGGAACCCGACUUGCCUAUGUGGCCCCCACCAUCCCCAGGAGACUGGCCAGUACUUCAGACAUUGAUGAGAAGGAAAACAGGGACUCUACCGCUCUGAUACGUAGUGGCUCCUACACCCGGCGACGCUGGGAUGACGACCUGAAGAACAGUGAAGGAAGCGCAUCAACCAACCGAACCCCCAGCUACCAGCGCAGCACGUCCCAUACGCUAGCGCUAGGGCGGAGCGGCAGCACGCGGGACGUGCCAGCCAAGUCUUCGUCCACCUCCAGCUUGGACCCUAACACCUGUAAUACUAAACCCUGGCAGCCACCCGCCUCCCACUACCAGUCUUACAGCAUUUACCGCAGCGGCUCUUUCGGCAGAAGACACGAGGACCUGGGUUCCUCGACUACAUCUUCCUCCACGACCACGACCACCUCCUCAUCUGUUACCUCGCCCACAGGCCAUCGCGGCCUGCUCUCCAGCCUGGGCUCCUCUUCCACACGCACUGGCUCCACCAGUCUCACCAGCAGGUACUGGUCAGAGGAGAGUGCAGAGAGGGAGAAGGAGAAGGAGUCUGCUGCGGUCAUCCCCACUAUAAACACUGGCUCUACUACGACCACCACAUCUACCACUACCACCACCGCCAUAUCUACCACUACCACCACCACUGGCACUGUCACUGGCUCUGAAAGACGCAGGUCAUACCUGACACCAGUGCGAGAUGAGGAGUCCGAGUCCCAGAGGAAAGCUCGCUCCAGACAGGCCCGACAGUCGAGGAGGUCCACUCAGGGCGUGACUCUGACUGACCUGCAAGAGGCUGAGAAAACAAUCGGCAGGAGUCGUCCCACAAAGACCCGCGAGGAGGAGAAGGAGGAGAAAGAGAAGCAGGACAAGGAGAAGCAGGAGGAGAAGAGGGAGACGGAGACCAAGGAGGACGAUUACCGAUCGAAGUACCGCAGCUUCGAAGAGCGUUACAGACCUUCCUCUUCCUCCUCCACCUCUGCCAUUUCCACAAUCAGCACUGCCUCCACCCCAUCCUACUCUAGCACCACAUUGUCCUCCAGUUCCAGCUCCCUCAACAGGCCUAACAGUCUGACGGGGAUCACCUCCUCCUAUAGCCGUUCCUCCAGAGAUACGGAAAAAGAAGCGGACAAAAAGGAGGAGGAGAAGGAGGGUGAGGACAAGUCUCAGCCUCGCUCCAUACGGGAUCGCAGGCGGCCCCGCGAGAAGAGACGCUCCACUGGGGUCUCCUUCUGGACCCAAGAUGGUGAUGAAAAUGACCCUGACCAGCAGUCCGACUCAGAGGAGGGCAGCACCAAGGGAGAGCCACAGAGUGACAGAUUGUCCAGGAAUGAGAGCACUUCAUCUUUAGAUCGCAACGACACUCUUUUUAGCCGUAGCUAUGAGAGUCGAAGGCCAUACUCAAGCCGACUGGAUAGAGACGACACCACUGACUAUAAAAAGCUCUACGAGCAGAUCUUAGCUGAGAACGAGAAGUUGAAGGCCCAGUUACGUGACACAGACUUGGAGCUGGCAGACUUGAAGCUACAACUAGAGAAGGCCACACAGAGGCAGGAACGCUAUGCUGAUCGAUCACAGCUUGAGAUGGAGAAAAGGGAAAGAAGAGCUCUAGAAAGGAAGAUUUCUGAGAUGGAGGAGGAACUUAAGAACCUCCCCCAGGUAAAGCAGGUUCAGGCCCUGCGGCAGGUUAAGGAGCGGCUGCAGGCUGAGAACCGGGCCCUGGCCCGCGUGGUGGCAAAGCUCUCGCAGUCCGCCUGCAGCCAGCUGCCCACCGUCGACCUCUAAAGCCACGUCCGUCUGUCCACCACCAUCUCUUCUCUUCCUCCCCUUCCUCUUCUUCUACUUCUUCCUCACCUUCUCCCUUCCCAACCCCCAUUCUUCUCAUGCUCCAUUCGCGCUCUGCCCCGCACCCAUAGACAGAUGCUCCCAGACUUGAAAGCAGACAACCAGAGACUAAAGGACGAGAACGGAGCACUCAUUCGAGUCAUUAGCAAGCUUUCCAAGUAGAACAGCCCCCCCCCGCCCCGUCUUCUGCACCCCCUAGUCCCCCAUGGCAGUGACUAAUGGAAUUGCACAUUUAGAUAUUAAUUGCAACAGACAUCAAGAGACAAGACUCCUUUUUUUUCCCCCUAUUUUUCUCCUCCCCAACUCUUUUAUCUAUCUUUUGCUCUUCCACCACUACUGCAGCAUCCACCCAUCCAUCCAUCCAUCUACCCCCCCCCCCGUGCGCCACCUCCUCGACUAUAAUCCACUUGAUUUGCGUGGCUGCUGUCCUGAUAGAACCACUGAGUUUACAGAGCAAAAGGAAAAAGGGUUGCGUGAGCAGCAUGUCAAAAGCAUUGUGGGCGGGAAGCCUGAAAACUAUUUAACCAAUAAGCCUUAGUUGUACAUAAAGAGAAAAAGAAAAACACUUGCAUCUCUCUCUCUCUCUCUCUCUCUCCUCUCUCUCUCUCUCUCUCUCUCUCUCUCUCUCUCUCAGCUAUCACUGAAGAACAGAUAUAAUCCGACACCUGAUUUUAUUUGUGCCACAAUCUCUCUUAUUUGAUGUAAUUUCUCUUUUUUGUUUCCUCUCCCUGUGUAAGUGUUGUGUGCUGUGCAGUUUCCUCCUCCCUCCUUAACCCCUUAAAGUGCCACUUUUGCCCCAUAUCAGCUCCUCGUGGCCCUUGGCGCCCACCCCCCACCCACCCCUUUUUUUUUCUCUUCCCACACACAGAUCACCAAUGCACACACACACACUCGCCCACCUUCUCCCCAUUUUUGUACCUCUGUGCAUCUUCCUCCAAGAGGGAAAAAAAAUUUGAAUUCUCGCUUUAGCGAAACGAGGCGGACCUGGUGGAAUUUAAGCUUUCACUGUAUGUGCAAUAUGCAUUUCUUUUUUCUUUUCUUUUUUUUUAAUGCUUUAAUGAUGAGUCCAUCACAAGUAGGAUUUUUCACUCUUCCACCGCUUCCAUUGCUCACCUUCCUCCCCUCCCCCUCUUUUUUUUUUUUUUUUUUGUUUUAAGUUUGUAGUGUAGUCAGUUUAUACUCUGUAUUUCUCACUUUGUUUUAGCAGGUACUGAGUGAUGCUGUAUAUACCUGUAUGUAUUUGUUUGAGACCAGCACAUGGCAUGCGUUUAUGGUUCCCGUCUGUUACUAUUAAAAGUAUACAAAUUCCAGAGGACAAAAAGGUGUGUUUUAAUUAUUUUUUCUUUUAUAGUCUAAAGACAUUGGAUACAGUACAGUAGAGCCUCUCUCUUACACGGGAUGGCUGGCAGUGUUCAGUGCUUUAUUUUCCAGUUUAAAAUAAGUGUUCACAUAAUUGUGAGAUUUAAAAAGAAAAAACAAGAAAUAAUCGCUUCACUACAUUUCACUUUCAUUGUAUUCAGUAUCUUGGAAGAGUGCUGUUAAUUUUGUUUCCAAUUUUUUAAAGCUGUAGUAUUAUAACCAAGGUGUUGUCACUAAAAAAAGAAAAAAAAAGAAAAAAGAAAAUCUUAGGUAUCGCUAACCCAGUCCUUUUUACAAUGUCUACAUGCACUGUCAAUGCCAUGUGAGGGGUCUUGAUGUCAGGUUAAAGCAAAUCGCCACCAUCAAAUAUUCCAUGCAUCUGAAAACAUUUUAUGCAUUUCAGUGGCCUUUUAAGGAUAUUUUAGUAAAAGAAGUUAAAAAAAGAAGUCACUGCAGAUGGACUAAUGACCAUCUACUCUGGUUAAGACUUUUUGUUUGUUUGUUUUUUUUUUUUUUUUUUUUUCUUUUUUUCCCCCCAUCAUCUUGUAAAAUAGGUGUGUGGCUUAAUACAUGCAAGCUGUGCUGUGACUACCAACCACUGAAGAGUUCAUUAAAAAUAAACUUGUACAUUGUAAAGUUCCAA